AUGGGUGAAUUUGAAGGGUGGAGUAAGUGGGUGGAACCUGCGUUUUUGCUAUGGAAACCUGAGGAUCCUGACUAUGAGAGACCUGUUUACGAUCCUGAAAAGGCUAAGUUUACAGCACAGGAAGAACUUGACAGGAUGCGCGAAGAAGUCAACCAGAGCGAUGGUUUUGAUAUCGAUUUCGAUUACUACCGCUGCGUUUUCAACUACCAUCGUGCUUAUCUCGAUGAUGAUGAAUUUGGUGAAUUCGGAGACGAGCCCGAAACCACUGAGGAUUUUCUUAACAGGCUCUCUCAGAAAUCUCUUGACGACUACAACGUAAACGUGAAGAGAGAAUUCGAGUUUGUUAGGGUUGUUAAAUCCAAUUUUCACUUCUCUGCGGGGCUUAUGUUUCUCAUAACCUUUGAAGUUAUUGAUCCUUAUGAUGGCCAGAUCAAACCCUUCCAAGCAAGGGUACGCUACCUCAAUGAUACCUUCACUGAAUACGUCUUCUGCAGGCCCAAACCCAAUGCUGGAGUGGAAUACUUUGGGAUUGCCAAGACAGAUGUCGAGAUAGGUUUCAAGAAACAAGGGUAA